CAUCAUUGCUCCUCCAGUCUAUUUAAACAGCGCCAAAUAACCCCUCUAGAUAUUCCAUGGCUCAUAGUAACAACUCAAUAUACUCCACACAUAUAGUAACAACUCAAUAUACUCCGCACAUCAUGUCUACUCAAGCACGCAAAGCAAAUGCCAAUCUUGACCUUACUGGCAAAUCCGCCGUCAUCGCUGGUGGAUCACAAGGAAUCGGAGCAGGCAUCGCCAUCCGCUUUGCCCAGGCAGGUGCAAAUGUGCUCAUCGUUGGACGUAACAAAGAGCGACUCCAAGCGGUUAUUUCAGAAGCUCGCAAAGUCGCCAAGUCCACUGAGCAGAAGCUCGAUUAUCUGUCCGCAGACCUGAGCCUUGUAUCAGAAAUCAAGGCUGUGGCCAAAGAAAUUGAGGCAAAGACCGGUAGCCAUGUUGAUUAUCUGAUUCAAACCCAAGGUGGCAUGCCGAAUGGCCUUUUUGAGACUACCUCUGAAGGAAUCGAGGUGCACUUCGCCGUCCAAAUCCUGAACCGUUUCCUCCUGAACUACCUACUUGCAACCUCCGGUGCUUUAAAAGACACAUCCAUCGCCAUCGUGGGUCCCGGAAGCACUCAGACUGAAUUCAAGCUCGACGACAUCGAGCUCGCGAGCGCCAAAGACGAGAACCGCUACUCACAGAUAGCAAAGCACGCCGCACGCGAUUCCGUGGUCACAGACACCUUCACCAAAUCGCUACAGACUCACUUUCCACAGCUCAAGUUCUUCCAUCUCGCCCCCGGCUUCGUGCAGACAGAUGUCAUGACCAACCAAGACGUGCCGACGCCGAUACGGUUGGCGAUUAACUAUAUCGUGUUCCCACUCGCUGCGAGGUCGUUUGGCAAUACGACGACGAGCUAUGCUGAUAUUCCUGUGUUUUUGGCGGCAAAUGAGGGGAGGGAUGCUGUGGUUGAGGCGGAGGGGUAUUUUUUGAAUGAGAAGAAUAAGAGGGUGGAGCUGAAUCUGUAUGCGACGGAGGAGAAGAACCAGGAGGCGAUGUUUGAGAAGCUGAAGGGGUAUUUGGAUGGUCGCUGAUUGAUGGUAUGUAUGGUGUGCUUUUUGGAUGGAAGUGGGAGUUGGGAG